AUGCGUGUUAUUCAUGUGCCCUCGCAAGUGCAGGGCUUAGUCAACUUUCUCCGUGUUGCCCCGCACUACGUGGUACCAUGCUACGACGAGGUGUCUUUGUACUGGGAGCGGGACAUCGAUGCAACCACCGAGGAGCUACAACAAGUGCGCCAGUUACUCCGUAUUCUCGCCAGCUUGCGCACCGUGCGGAAGCUUUCCCUUCAACUCCCGCACAAUACUUCUCCCGACGUGCUUUCCGGCUUUAUCUUCUCGGACCUCAAGCACGUUGUCUACUCCGGCCCAACAUCGGCAUUUCAGCCCUUCCUUCACGCGCACGGUUCCCUCGACAUUAUAUCCAUCAUCGGUCCCUCUUCCUACCCGCCUGCUAUCAUUGGCGCCUUCAGGCCUCUUCCCACUCCAUCACGCAUAGCCCCACUAGCUAGCGUCCACACUCUGGCAUGUCCUGUCGGGUGCCUCAAGGGCCUGCAAUUUCCUCUAUCCCGACUCCAGGCCUUGUUUUUGGAGCUCAAGUAUGGCGACAUCGAAGUCUCCGAAGUCUGCGUGUCGGACACGUUGCAGCAUCUUUCCCCGGCGGCUUUCCCUUGCUGCUACCUGACCGAGCCCCUCGCCCUCGAGGUCCAGUGCAACCUCGUCGCGCCAUACCUUCCUGUUAUCCGUGGAGCAACUGGCCCCAGUGGCAGGCAGCUCUGGGACAGUUAG